UAGAACAUCAAAAGUACCCAAUGUUUCUCAAGUUACUUUUAUUUUUAUCUAUAUGCCACGUUGCAUUCGCAUUUUUCUUUCCAAGAGUCACACCUAAUGAUGGAUGUGGUUGUGGAUGUGGAGGAGGUGGAGGUGGAGGAGGUUGUUGUGCACCACCACCACCACCGCCAGUGUGUGGCGGUUGUGGCUGCGGAGGCCGUAAAAAGAGAGAAAUCGGACAUGUCAAAGGACACUUGGCACAUAGAGAUAAUGAUCAGGAAUGGAAUAAUCAAUGCAACAGCUUAGAGUUUUCGGAUGUAAUAGUAAAGCAUCUCCGAACGAAAUCAUUGUCGACAUCUCGAGAUUUCAUUUACAAAGAACUUGACACAGCAUUCCCAGACUCAAUGUUCACUGUAUUUUGUCUCCAAAACUCUACUGUUUCAUAUCAAGCAGAUGCGAAGAGAUACUGUAUGGAGAAGACAGCUGACAGGAGUUGUUACGUUUUUGAAUUUUAAUUCAGUUGAUUCAUAUGCCCCAAUAAUAAUGUAUAUUCUAAUAUAUGAAGUCAAAAAUUUUA